AUGGAGGACGUCCAUAGUAGGAGGAGUCCUCCAUUCCCCUCGCCCACAGAGACUCUUCCGCCCGUCGUAUUACCGCAAUCUCAUACGCAGCCUCUCCGAUCACCUGGCUACCGCACCACACAUGGACACCAAUCCCAGAAACUCGUCGACGAACUUGCGGAUAGAGUGGAGGCUCUGGAGAGGUCAUCACUUCAAUCACCUCAUUUGUCGCGCGGCGAUUCCACAGAACAGGUUAUUGGUUUAACCCCGAUCACCGAAGACCCCCGAUCGGAUGCCGAAGGACAUGACGAGCAAGUACGCAGUUCGCACACUCUGAAGGAACUUCGAAGGCAGAUGGAAGACCUGCUUGUAUAUCAACAGAUGCAGCAAACCCAACCGCAGGUUUCGUCCCAGACUCAGCCCGCGUCUGCCCUCUCCGAUGAGACCCCCAGAAAGAGACGUCUGUCCACUACCUUGUCCAACAACAGUUCAACCGGAGUUCCAGUCACCGUCGUUCAACCCUCUGCAGAUUCCACAGGUUCAACGGGGACUAUCAAACCCACCGAAGUCGAAACGUCCCCGGAUCGCAGACCACAGCAGACCCCGUCCUAUCCCUUCCCACGAAUGCAGCAUAAAGCAGCCAAAAUGGGCAUUGAGCCGACAGGGCGUGGUGGGCAGUUCAGAUUAAAGUUUCCAACUGAACAAUCUCAGCUACCGACACCAGCGUCCCAGGCUUUUCCCUCGGAAACAAAGGCUCCAGAGCCUCGUCCGACGUUUUUGCCCCCUCGUCACGAGCAAAUUCGGGAAGAUCCGAACUUUUCCAGCCCCGAUCUGUAUGAUCUGACCCUGCAGUUGAAUGCUGAUUCGGGACUCGAGGCGUGGUGGUCUAAUCUCAUUGAUAUAAUGCACACUCAUUAUGGCGCCGAGCGCCUCUCGCUCGCUGUUCCAGGGGAUGUGACCGAUCUGGAGAAUGUCCCCUGGGGCCAAAAAGCUAUCUUCAACCAGAACGUGGAUACUUCAGUGGAGGAGGUCCAGGCCCGACACCUGGAGAAUGCGCGAGCGACAGAGAAUUCUCACUCGCGCAAAAAGCUUACAUCACAGAAGACUGAGAAGACAAUCGAGCAGGUGAAAAGCCCUGGGGCCCUUCGGCCCUCAUUAACGUCCAGACACACAUUCGCCGGCUUUGAUAAACACAAGAGUCACGCUCCGCCUGAUCUGAACCAACCUCCAGUCUCAAAGACGAAGGUCAAACAGGAGAAAAAGCAAGUAUCCAUUUCUUUGGAGAAGCCAUCCUCUUUAGAUCAUUCGAUUGGAGAGUCCCUCGAGCCCACGGAUGAUACUAUGAAUGCAGUUCUCGGUGACAUGCGACAGGCUGUUUUUCCAAUACCAAGGCCAUUGGAGGUAGAGUCGGAUCCUCUCAUCAAGCGAACAGGCGUGGUCAGAUUGUUUGGGCGUAUCCGCCCCACGGUGUUAACCCGCGAAUAUUCGGAGAGCUCGCCAGAGUAUUCGCAGCUUUGGGCCGAGUCCCCCAGCAGUCCAAACGACUUGGUGCAAGUUACUCCUGAUAUGGAUGCCCCUCCUGCCAGGGACAUCGGACAUGCACCCGCCCAUCAAGGCCUAGGUGUUGCUGGGUUGAGACAGUAUGAUGAAUACGAGCAAGUGCCACAAUCUCCGUGGUCCCAGUCUCCUGCUCCAUCGCCUGCUCCUCGUACAAACGCAGAACAGAACCCAUUUUUUACAAGUCACACAGUCGAUGAAGGAGCCUUCUCCAAAAACCCACCUUCACACGACUACUCUAAUAAUCUCCCGCUGGAAGCCAUUGGAGUUGAUCACUCCAAAACCGUUAUUCACAUCCCUCUCGUACACGGCGGUCACUCUUCACGCGAUUCCUCCUCCACAUUGAGAUUUCCCGUUGCAAUUGUAUCGAUGUUGUGCACAAUCGUUCCUUAUCCCCCCAAUCUCCGACAGUCACUUUCAUUCCUGAUGCCGCAUUUGACCACUUCUUUCUGCUUGGCUCAGCGAUAUAGCCAGCUUGAAAGACAGCUUUCCUCCAAGGUCGAGACUCCUCGUUAUGGCCAUCUGUUAGGCCUCGGUGGCACCUUCUCAGAUGCAAGCAGUGAGCUCGAGCUCGUUGCGGGUCUAAGUGGUCAUGUCAGCUACUCCGCUGGCGACAACAACAACCCAAUGUCAACGCACACCAGCUUCACAACCCCAAGUGAGCGCUCGUCUGUCAAGUGUAGUCCUGCUGUUUCUGCAUUGGGUACCCCUCAACUUAAUUUUGGCCAACUUUCCGCGACUCUAUCCCCAGGGACGUCUUCACAAUCUGCCAGAGAAGGGUCGGAUAGCUAUUUCAAUGUUCCGCAACACAAAGGUGCUCGAGACAGUAGCACCCACCGACCACGACUCCAUAAGUCGAAGACGGCCGCCAAUUUUGAUUUAUCGGCGUCGAUUUCCACCGGAAGAUCGGGUAAUAGCGAUGAAUUCAACACCAACGAACAAUCGUCUCAUGUCGCCUCGCCGUUGCAAGAGAUAAGACCGCCUAUCGCUCCAUCGCCAACCCAGCAAUCCUCACGACAACCCUCUACAAGCUCGUUCUAUGCCCAACUACAACGGGAGCUUCCACGUCCAUUCUCUGAUACGAUAGCCCAGCUGAUGCUCAACUCUAUACCAUUGCACCUUUUUCUGGCAAAGCCCCAGACUGGCGAAGUGAUUUGGACUAACUCCAAGUUCGAUGCUUAUCGGAGAAGCCAGCAUCAUGAGCAGAAGCUGCGUGACCCGUGGCAAAACAUCCACAGCAGCGAAAGGGAGCACGUUCACAGCAAUUGGGCCAAUGCCUUGCGUACGGGUGCGCAGUUCACCGAACGAGUGAGGGUCCGAAGAUUCAACGAUGAAUCGGCAUACCGCUGGUUCAUCUUUCGGGCCAAUCCUUUGCUAUCGUCAACAGGCGAGGUUCUAUAUUGGAUUGGAUCUUUCCUGGAUAUUCAUGAGCAGCAUAUUGCUGAGCUUGAGGCUAUCAAAGAAAGGGAGAAGUUUGCUAUUGAUGCAAAGUAUCGCGCAUUCUCCAAUUCGAUCCCACAGGUUGUCUUCGAGGCAACGGAGAAUCGCGGAUUGAUCUUCGUCAAUGAGCAGUGGAAUUUGUACACCGGCCAAACACUUGAGGAAGCACACGACCUCGGGUUCGCGAAACACGUCCACCCCAACGAUCUCGAAAAGUGCAGCGGGCUGUCUCUCAAUAGGACAGCUGACAAUUCGGAUCAAACUAACAACGGGCCUUCCGAGUUCAUGGUCGGGUCGGCCCUUGAUGAACUUGUGAGGCGUGGAGUAGCUUCUUUGCAGAAAGAUGGAGAUGGUCGAGUUUUCUACUCCACUGAAAUUCGUCUUCGUUCUCGAAGUGGUGAUUUCCGGUGGCAUUUGGUGCGGCUGGUUCGUGUCAAGACUAGCAGUUUUGGAAGCGAGGAGGCAUCCUGGUACGGAACAUGUACCGACAUCAACGAUCGCAAGAACCUCGAAAGAGAGCUCAACAAGGCUAUGCAGCAGUUGAACAACCAGAUGGAGUCCAAGACCAAAUUCUUCAGCAACAUGUCGCACGAGAUCCGAACCCCGCUCAACGGCAUCCUUGGUACCAUUCCAUUCAUCCUGGAUACCCAACUUGACAGCGACCAGAGACGAAUGCUGGACACCAUUCAGAACAGCUCUACCAAUCUUCGUGAGUUGGUGGACAACAUUCUUGACGUGUCCCGCGUGGAAGCUGGCAAGAUGUCAAUGGUCAAGUCGUGGUUCCAUAUUCGGUCAAUGAUCGAAGAUGUAAUCGACACGAUCGCCUCACGGGCCAUUGACAAGGGACUCGAGAUCAAUUACCUGAUCGGAGAAGACCUGCCAUCCAUGGUCAUUGGAGAUCGAUUCCGAAUUCGUCAAGUCCUGAUCAACCUUCUUGGCAAUGCGGUCAAGUUUACUGCGCAAGGUGAAAUCCAUAUCUGCUGUGACAUGUACCGUGAUCCCUCUUCGGCUCCUGGUAGCACCGAAGCAUUCUUGAAUUUCGAGGUCGUCGACACUGGAAAGGGCUUCAGUUCCGAGGAUGCAGAACGGCUGAUGCAGCGAUUCAGCCAGCUUGGAGAAAACGGUUCCCAGCAGCAUGCAGGCAGUGGCCUGGGGCUUUUCUUGUCAAAGCAACUAGUCGAAAUGCAUGGUGGCAAGCUCACGCCCAGUAGCAAAGAGGGCCAGGGAGCAAAGUUCUCUUUCAACGUUAAGGUCGAUGCACCUCCCCCUCCUUCCCCAUCUGAGCAGCCUAGCUUGAUGCGCCAGAACUCAACUGCUUCAAGAAGGCCAGCAAAAUCCAGGACGACCUCUUACCAACAAGGAAGCUCUCUGGUUUCCAGGGACUCGGACCAGAGCACUUCGAGGUCCGAUACCGACCCCUUCUCUCUUCCAUCUGCGCUUCCAACCCCGGAGAUUGGCCUCGGACCCCUGCCGCCACCGUUGGAUCAAACGAAGGCUCUGGGGGCAUCUCCGAUGCAGUUUCGAAGACAGAAAUUCAACCUGUCGUCACGAGACCGGACACAUGCCUCAAUUGGGCCGGUAUCUGUGCCUUCCCAUGGCCAUUUCUCCGUCAUCAUUCUGUGUGCGCUGGAAAACUCCCGAAAAGCCAUCAAGCAGCACAUUGAGCAGGUGGUGCCUCAUGAGCUCCCGUUCAAGGUCACAACGCUGCCUGACGUUGACGAGUGGAAGGACUUGGUGUCUGCUCCCGAUGCGGAGCCUUACACACAUCUUGUCCUGAACCUUCCUACUGAUGACAUUCUCGAUGUUAUUCAGACUGUGUCGGGUUCAAACCCCGCGCCUGUUGUUGUCAUUAUCUCGGAUCUUUACCAAAAGCGACAAAUCAGCACACAGGUGAAAGAUCUAGCUGCUUCUGGAAAGCCAGUCUUUAUUGUCCCAAAGCCUGUGAAACCUUCUGCUUUCUCGACUAUCUUCGAUCCGCAGAGUCAGCGUGAGCUGAGCAAGGAUCGCAACCAAGACAUGGCACGUGAAAUCAACAACAAUUUCAAGACCGUGUCGAAGAUGGUCAAAGAGGUUUUGGGCAACAAGGGCUAUCGAGUCUUGCUCGUCGAGGAUGACGAAACCAAUCGCGAUGUCAUGUUGAAAUACUUGGACAAGAUCAAACUCAUGGCAGAAACUGCAUCUAACGGGUUGGAGUGCACUAACAUGGUGCUGUCCAAAGAGCCCGGAUACUAUUCCCUCAUUAUCUGCGAUAUUCAAAUGCCCGUCAAGAACGGUUACGAUACCUGUCGCGAUAUCCGUGAAUGGGAGCAGAAGAACCAUUACCCACAAAUUCCCAUCAUGGCUCUUUCGGCCAACGCAAUGACAGACCAGAUUGAGAAUGCUGCCCGUGCAGGUUUCAACGACUAUGUCACCAAGCCGAUCAAACACAAUGAGCUGGGCAAGAUGCUGAUGGGACUUCUCGAGCCUGGCCGACCACUCGGGCUUUUGCGAGACCGACUUGGCCCCGAGCAUCAGCAGGUCGUUGCUGCCUCUCGCCACUAG